UGUUCACACUCGUUUGAAUUAUCAUCAUUUUGAUUCGACUAAAGCUUUCAGCCACCGAGCUAACUACAGAUGUGGGGGGUCCCUGUGAUCAAUAUUGAUGAUUACAGCACACACGCAUUCACAAAUGCGAUCAAAGUCUUGUUACGAAAACUCUUUGCAACGGCCAGCUGAUACAAGGGAGUGAACGAAACCUCCAAAGUACUUAUAGUCUCAGGCUAGCCCUAUAUAAAUGCUUAACGCAAUGCCUGUAAUCACCACCAAUCUAUCUUACUUCCUCUUCACGGGAGAUUGGCUGUGGUUGACAGUCAUUGUCGAUUUUUAUACACCCAGUAACGUUCGAUGGCUUCACAAAUACCAAAGCAUGCUCAAGUCCUUGUCGUCGGUGGAGGUCCCUCUGGCAGUUAUGCCGCCUCAGCCCUUUCCAGAGAAGGCCUCGACGUCGUUUUAUUGGAGGCUGCCAAGUUCCCUCGGUAUCACAUCGGGGAGAGUCUGAUUCCCUCGGUCCGUCACUAUCUGCGGUUCAUUGACGCGGAGCAAAAAUUGGUCGAAAUGGGGUUCAAACGCAAGCCCGGAGCUGCAAUGAAAUUCAACCAAUUCAAACGGGAAGGAUACACGGACUUCGUUGCGCUUGGGCAUACUAACAGUUCAUGGAACGUAGUGCGCUCGGCAUUCGACAAGAUGUUGCUUGACCACGCGACAUCAUGUGGAGCAAAGGUGUUUGAACAAACCAGUGUGAAAUCUUUCCACUUCUCUCCAUCCGACUCUUCCAGGCCUGUAGCUGCUGAAUGGUCACGUGCUGCAGAUGGGGAAACCGGAUUGAUUUCAUUCGACUAUCUUGUUGAUGCAUCCGGACGCUUAGGAUUGAUGUCAACCAAAUACUUACGCAACCGCCAUUUUAACGCAUCAUUGAAGAACAUUGCGUUGUGGGGUUAUUGGGUGGGAGUGGGUACAUAUGGCAUGAAUACCCCAAGAGAGGGUGCCCCUUGGUUUGAGACACUGAGAGAUGAAUCCGGUUGGGCGUGGUUUAUUCCUCUACACGAUGGAACAACUUCCGUUGGCGUCGUUAGGAAUCAAGAUAUUCAUAACGAGAAUGUUCGUGACUUGAAAGGUAGUUCUAUGGAAGAUCGCUACCGACUUGCCAUAUCCCUCGCUCCAGCACUAAUCAAGCUCAUUGGAGAUGGGAGGAUGGUACAAAAAGAGGCUGUCGGGGGACAACCUGGACAGCUUGACUCAUUGAUAAGAUCAGCGUCCGACUUCAGUUACUCCGCUUCGAGCUACGGGGGACCUGGCUUUCGUGUGGUCGGGGACGCUGGUGCGUUCAUAGAUCCAUUCUUCUCCUCCGGGAUACAUCUUGCAAUGACCUCCGCACUAUCUGCAACAGUAUCUAUUUGCGCCUCAGUCCGAGGAGAUUGUUCAGAAGUCGAAGCAGCUGCAUGGCACACGAAGAGGUUUUCGUUGAGUUACACAAGAUUCCAGGUAGUGGUGAUGAGUGCCUAUCAACAGAUACGAGCGACGGAACUUGAUAUCCUGAACGACAUUGAUGAGGAUAAUUAUGAUCGAGCAUUCGCUGCCAUUCGACCAGUAAUCCAGGGUGCAUCGGAGAUGGGGAGCCAGUUGAGCGAGAAAGAGCUUCAGAGUGCACUGGAGUUCUGUGGCAAGUGCUUUAACCCCACGUCGCCUGCGACUCUUGCAUCCGCUUCGAAAGAAGCUCUUCCAAAGGAUAUGUUCGAUGUUACAGCUCCACUCAUGGAUCCGCACGCUAUUGACAGCAUUAUCUCGAAGACAUUCAAGCAGACGAAUCCAAAAGGUGACGGGGACUUCUCUGGACCUGAGGAAGACCUGAAACUCGCUCUGGACCAAAUCAACAGCCGAAGAAUCGUGCACCAAGAGUAUGCUAUCAAUAAUUUCGAGGCUGAGGAUGUGAAUGGAUUUGUUGUGAGGUUGCAGAAAGGACAUCUUGGAUUGAACCGCACGUAGUUGAGAUGCUAUCGAAAUGAUCAUGGAGGAUUCGUAACCUACAAAUUUGGACGGUUUGUACAUAAAUGUUUUGAGUUAGCAUUGAUGAUGUAAUCACUGUUUAUUCACGCCGUAACUACUUAAUAUAGGCCUCAGUCAAAC